AUGGCCGACAAUCGUUCCAAAACUUCCUCAGACAGACUAGAAGAUGCCAUUGCCAAAUUGACUACCCAUCAGCUGAGCCUUAGUGAAACCCUCCAAACCAUGACUCACAAAUUGGACACCCUAAUCACCACCCUUUCUACCUCCAAAUCCCCUGAUUCCUCGCCCACCUUUUCUCCCCAUAACCCACCACCGUCACCUUCUGCUUCCCAGCCACCCCGCGUCAAACUUGAUGUUCCCCGAUUUGACGGUACGGACCCCUUAGGCUGGAUAUUCAAAAUUACUCAGUUUUUUGAAUAUCACCAUACCCCUGAACAAGAGCGUUUGACAAUCGCGUCCUUUUACAUGGACGGACGUGCCUUGGCCUGGUACCAAUGGAUGGCCGGCAACGGUCAGCUCUCGACCUGGGCAAGUUUCCUUCAUGCUCUCCAGACCCGGUUCGCCUCUUCCCAAUAUGACGACCCUACCGGAACCCUGUUCAAAUUAACACAGCGAACCACCGUUGCAGCGUACCUUUCAGAGUUCGAAGAUACCGCCAAUCGCGUGGUGGGUCUUCCUCCGCAUUUUCUUCUCAGUUGUUUCGUUUCGGGGCUGAAUCCAGACAUCCGCCGCGAGGUCCAAGCGUUACAACCAUUAACGCUGGUCCAGGCGGCGGGCCUUGCCCGUUUGCAAGAAGAGAAACUUGCUAAGAACCGCCGCUCCUUCCGAAAUCGACCACCCUCCUUCUCGAUGAUUCCACAAAACCCGAUUUCUGUUCCUCCAUCACCAUGCACCGUCUCGGCACAGUCCCUCUCGCCGGUACCGCUGAAACGCCUGACACCGGACGAACUGGCCUCUCGCAGGGAGCGUGGCCUUUGCUUCAAAUGCGAUGAACGCUAUCAUCGCGGCCACCGCUGUCAAGCUAGGGUUAACCUUCUAAUUAUGGAUGAAGAGGAGCGUUCUCCUGAAGAAGCUGCGCCUUUGGGCCUUUCACCCGAACCCCCUGACCUGAUUGACCCGAAUGAAGCCCAACUCAAUCUUCAUUCUCUCACGGGUCCAUUAGCACCAGAAACACUCCGUUUCUCAGGCUUCGUGGCUUCAAAACAGGUUUUAAUCUUGGUGGAUGGGGGUAGUACCCAUAAUUUCAUCCAAGAUGCCAUGCUUCCUGAAUUGGGCCUCUUUCCUAGUGACACCACACCCCUCAAGGUCAUGGUUGGUAAUGGCCAGUACCUCCAUUGCAACCAAAUCUGCACCGCGGUCUCAAUAGUCAUUCAAGGAAUUCACUUCAUCAUUGACCUCCAUGUCUUACCCUUAUGUGGCGCGAACGUAGUGCUUGGGGUACAGUGGUUGCGGUCACUGGGACCCAUCCUCACAGACUACACUACUUUGUCAAUGAAGUUCAUGCAUGAAGGCCGUACCAUUGAACUACAAGGUGACGACACCUCUGCCCUUCAACCAUUGUCGGUUCCUCAAGCCCGACGUCUGGUUCGAACCUCUGAUCCUAGUGCUUGCUUCCUCCUCUCGGUUACUUCCCACGAGUCACCCUCAAACACCCCCACCUAUCCCCCAGACAUUCAAUUCUUAUUGACCAAAUUUGCUGCCUUAUUUCAACCUUCUCAAACUCUUCCACCCUCACGACCCACAGACCACCAUAUCCACCUUGUUCCUAAUUCUGAACCCGUGAAUGUUCGUCCAUAUAGGUACCCACAUUAUCAAAAAGCCGAAAUUGAAGCCCAGGUCAGUUCCAUGUUACGAACCGGAAUCAUCAGGCCCAGUACAAGCCCAUUUUCAUCCCUUGUGUUAUUGGUACGCAAGCAUGAUGGAACAUGGGGGUUCUGUGUUGAUUACCGAGCACUCAAUGCUCUAACGAUCAAGGAUCAUUUUCUGAUACCAACAAUAGACGAAUUACUUGACGAUCUAGGAGGAGCAGCUUGGUUUUCAAAACUAGACUUACUCCAGGGGUAUCACCAGAUCCUAAUGUCGGAGGGAGACAUCAGCAAAACAGCUUUCAGAACCCAUCAUGGGCAUUUUGAAUUCACAGUGAUGCCUUUCGGGCUUUGUAACGCCUCGUCUUCCUUUCAAGCUACCAUGAAUACCAUAUUCCGCCCCUUCCUUCGUCAAUUUAUAAUUGUAUUUUUUGAUGACAUCCUUAUUUAUAGUGCUACACUUGAAGAUCACGUUUCCCAUUUAGAACAAGCAUUUCAGGUGUUAUUGCAGGAGCAGUUUGUCUUGAAAUUUUCAAAGUGUACUUUCGCUCAACCUCAAGUUGAGUACCUCGGUCACGUGGUAUCGUCUCAAGGAGUAGCACCUGUGUUAGCUAAGGUGCAGGCUAUUCAACAAUGGCUGAAACCACGAUCGGCGCGAGCACUCCGCAGUUUUUUGGGGCUUACAGGAUUUUAUAGAAGAUUCAUUCGUGGAUAUGCAUCAAUUGCUGCGCCUUUAACCAAGCUUCUCACAUUAGAAAUUUUUCAUUGGACUUCAGACGCUGUUGCCGCGUUCACUACCCUCAAACAGAUGCUGACUUCCUUCCCUGUCCUACGAUUGCCGGAUUUCAAUCUUCCCUUCACCGUAGAGACAGAUGCGUUAGGCACGGGUAUGGGCGCAGUUUUAAGUCAACAAGGUCACCCAGUUGCCUACUUCAGCAAAAUGUUUCCUCCAAAACUUCUUCAGGCCUCUACUUACGUCCGGGAACUGUUUGCAAUCACAGCCGCCGUCAAGAGGUGGCGUCAGUACCUCCUUGGCCGGAGCUUCACAAUUCUCACAGACCAUAGAAGCUUAAAAGAGCUUCUUACUCAGGUGAUUCAAACACCUGAGCAACAGAAGUAUCUCGCGCGCCUCAUGGGCUACGACUACAACAUUCAAUACCGUUUUGGGAGUUCGAAUGUAGUUGCUGACGCCUUGUCACGGGUGUCUGAACCAACCCCUGAGCUAUUUCUCUUGUUAUCAGUGCCCUGUUUCACAUUUUUGCAGGAACUCAAGGCCCAAUUGGAGCAAUGCCCAACCUACACUCAACUCCGAUAA